GCUCCACUGAUAGUCACCUCUGGAAGAAGCUAGGAUCAACCUGAAGCUCUCAGGACUUGAAGAAAGAUCCCCCCACAGAGAGUUAAGAGAUCUGGCAGACUCCAAAUGUGGCAGCUUUUAGCAACAGCAUGCUGGGUGCUUCUUCUUGGACCUAUAUAUGGUUAUAAAAAAGGAAGCAUCACAAAUCCUGAAGCUAAUAUGAAUAUUAGCCAGAUUAUUUCUUACUGGGGUUAUCCUUGUGAAAAGUAUGAUGUUGUCACAGAGGAUGGUUAUAUUCUUGGAAUUUAUAGGAUUCCUCAUGGAAGAAGAUGCCCAAGGAAAACUGCUCCUAAGCCAGUAGUGUAUUUGCAGCAUGGCUUAAUUGCAUCUGCCAGUGACUGGAUCUGUAACCUCCCCAACAACAGCUUGGCUUUCCUUCUGGCAGAUAAUGGUUAUGAUGUAUGGUUGGGAAACAGUCGAGGAAACACCUGGUCCCGAAAACACCUGAAAUUGUCACCCAAAUCCCCAGAAUACUGGGCUUUUAGUUUGGAUGAGAUGGCUAAAUAUGACCUUCCAGCCACAAUUAAUCUCAUCAUAGAGAAAACUGGACAGGAGCAGCUCUACUAUGUGGGCCACUCUCAGGGUACCACCAUAGCUUUCAUAGCCUUCUCCACGAAUCCAGAAUUGGCUAAGCGGAUUAAGAUUUUUUUUGCACUGGCACCAGUUGUCACAGUGAAGUACACCCAAAGUCCUAUAAAAAAAUUAACAACUCUUUCCAGGGGAACCAUCAAGGUACUGUUUGGUGACAAAAUGUUCUCCCCUCACACACUGAUGGACCAAUUCAUUGCCACCAAAGUGUGCAACCGGAAGAUAUUCCGUCAUUUGUGCAGCAAUUUCCUGUUUACUAUGACUGGAUUUGAUCCCCAAAACCUAAACAUGAGUCGCUUGGAUGUCUAUUUGGCACAGAGUCCCGCAGGAACAUCUGUUCAGAAUAUGCUGCACUGGGCCCAGGCAGUUAAUUCUGGUCAGCUCCAAGCCUUUGACUGGGGACAACCUGAUCAGAACAUGAUGCACUUCCACCAGCUCAUUCCUCCUUUAUACAACGUUACUAAGAUGGAAGUUCCAACAGCCAUGUGGAGUGGUGGACAGGAUGUUGUGGCUGAUCCCAAGGACAUUGAAAAUUUACUCCCUAAAGUUGCCAACCUCAUUUAUUAUAAGGCGAUCCCACACUACAAUCAUAUGGAUUUUUACCUUGGACAGGAUGCUCCCCAGGAAAUUUAUCAAGACCUAAUUAGGUUAAUGGAGGAAUGUUUACAAAAUGAAACACACCUUUUUCUCUAAACAUACGGGUUUUUGUAAUAAUAAUGAAGUGCACUGACCCUAAGGUGAUUCCCCAGUGAUUUUCAUCACUUGAUGUUCCUUCCCCUGGAGCACGAAUGGGAUCUGAGUCUUCCAUCUAGCCAAGAGAAUUUGCAAAGAUGCCAUACUUUUGGUUAGGUUCUACUAAGUUGAACAGGUUGAUAGAUGUCAUUCCAUAAUUACAUUGCAUUAUAUAUGAAUCCAUCCAUACAGACUGGAAUAAGAGAAUCUUCCUGUGGCUUGAGGAAAUAAAGGAUAUGUGAGGAAACCACAUUGUAAGAACAGCAUAUGGCUUCUAAGACCUGACAGUGGCCUCCGCUGGAUAACUAGCAAAAAGCAGGGCCCAUAGUCAUAUGGCCACAAGAAAUUGAAUUGUGCCUAAAACCUGCUGCUUCUUGGAAGCCCGUUCUUGCAUAGCAAAGCCUCUUACUGAGAUACCAACCUUGCCUGCAACCUGUGAAACCCUGUGCAGAUGACCAGCCAUACUAUGCCUGGACUCCUCACCCACAGAAACAGUAAGAUAAUAAAUGUGUGGUUCUAAAUUGCCAAAUUUGUGGUAAUUUGUUAUCAGAAACUAUUACUAAUAAUUAUUAUCGUUGUUAAUAUAUAAUAAUUAUUUCAUAUAAUAAAUAUAAUAUUUAAUUCAUUAUAUUAGUUCUAUUCUACAUCAUGUUAUUAUGUGAUCUUAUAUAAUUUGUUACAUACAACUUAUCACAUAUAUAAUCUAUACCAUAUUUUUAUACUAUAUAUAUGGUUAUUGUUCUGUCUAUUUGGCUGAAAACUUGAUAGACCCCAUUCAUUAUUUUACUUAUUUCCCUUUAGCCAGAUAGAUGACCUUCCUUGAGCAUUUGUUUUGCAGAUCUUCUGGUGAUUGAUUCACUCACUGUUUCUUUGUCUGAAAAAGUCUUUUUUUUUUUUAAAGGAAUAUAAAACUAUUUAUUGACCAUUGUUCACCAGUAUAUAUACAAUAAAAUAAACAAUAUACAGUUGGGUAACAUUCUGAUUACAACAAAGUUAUUUUCCUGGCUUGUGUUGUAACAGUAACCCAAACACUGAAAAGAUUGAGCCUACAUGUAAGGAAUGAAUUGGGGUAAAGAAAAAACAUGCAGGUCAAUAAUUUAGACUAUAAAAAAUUCCUCACCCAUUUAUGUGAGCAGGUUGUAAAUUGCCAACAUCUCUAGCCAUCUGAUGAGGUUUCCAUGAGCCAAAUCUUAAGACAUUCCAUGAAUUAUGAGUUUUUAGUACAGAGAUUUCAACUUUUAAAAAAGGAAAGCUAACUAGAGGAACCCUUAAA